AUGCAAGAAUCUAAAGGCUCUCAGCAAGCCUAUUCUGAACUUAGCAGAAACUACAGUUCUGCAACUGCAACAACAGUCUAUUAUGUUCAUUCAAUCCCGGGUACCGGUCGGCUUCUCCCUUCUUCUAGUCGUUGGAACUCAAUUGAACUUGACUCUAACCAUCUUCUCCCUGAAGCUUCUAAUGGCCGGCUGGAUUCGCUUCCUUCCAGAUUCACAAAGAUCAUUGAUUUUAACCUCACAAUCAGGGAUAAAAACCAUUUCAAGCGUUUUUGUUAUACAUGUGCCACCAUGAUUAUCAUGAUCGUGGUUGCACUUCUGCUGGUAAGGUUUCUACAAGGCCAAAGGCAACAACACCAUGGUCAUUUGAUGGACCUCAAACUUGCCAUUAAUCAAGCUCUCCUUUUCUUUGAUGCACAAAAGUCGGGGCCUUUGCCGGAGAAUAGUAAGAUCAAGUUUAGAGCUGAUUCUGGAUUGCAUGAUGGAACCACUUCAGCUACACAAAUAGAUCUUGUUGGAGGUUAUUAUGAUUGCGGGAAUAAUAUGAAGUUCAGCUUUACCACCGCGUAUGCAGUUACUCUAUUGAGCUGGUCAGUAAUUGAGUAUCAUGAAAAAUAUGAUAAUAUUCAAGAACUUGAACAUGUCAAAGAUCUUAUAAGAUGGGGUAGCGAUUACCUCCUUAAGAUAUUUAGUCCUCCCAAUGCGAGUAGUCCAGCAAAACUGUAUUCUCAGGUUGGCAGUCCUGGGAAUGAUACUAGUGGAGGGAAUACUCGGGAUAACGAUAUUAGUUGUUGGCAAAGGCCAGAAAACAUGAGCUAUGAAAGGCCUGUUUCAACUUGUGACAUGAAUGCAUCAGAUCUUGCAGGGGAAAUAAUUGCAGGCAUGUCUGCCGCAGCAUUAGUAUUUAAAGAGGACAACGAGUAUUCUACAAAGUUGGUCCAAGCCGCGGAAGAAUUGUUUAAUCUCACCACGAAUUUAGAUCCUUCACAGAAACCGGGCAUGUAUACAUCAAAUGAUGAUUGUGGAGGAAGAGCAAGAGAGUUUUAUAACUCAACUAGUUUUAGAGAUGAAUUGGUUUGGGGAGCAACUUGGUUGUUCUUUAUUAGUGGUAACAGCAGCUACCUUGACUAUGCAAUAGCUAAUUUUGGUUCAGCAGAGGAAGAAGAACAAUCAUCCGAACAGGAGAUUCUCAAUUGGAAUAACAAACUUGCUGCGAAUGCUAUUUUGCUGACACGACUCAGGUAUUUCCGGGACCCUGGCUACCCCUAUGAACCUACCUUGAUAUCGACAACAAAUAGGAGUGACCUACUCAUGUGCUCUUACACUUCCAAUCUGAAGUUUCCGAAGACAGAAGGUGGAUUGGUUCUAUUAAAGCCGGAUUACGAUGCACCAUUGCAAUAUGCUGUAACAGCAUCUUUCCUGACCAAAUUGUACGGUGACUAUCUAGCCCUAUUGCACGUCUCUCAUGUCAGUUGUGCCGGAUCAUUACUUUCCUUGGAAACUCUAAGGGAUUUUUCGCUAUCACAAGUUCACUACAUUUUGGGAAUUAAUCCAAGUAAAAUGAGCUACCUGGUAGGAUAUGGUGAUCGGUAUCCAAGCCAAGUUCAUCAUAGAGCAGCAUCAAUUCCUUGGGAUAAUAAAUCGUACACAUGUGAACAAGGGGAUCAUUGGCUUUAUAAGGACAGUUCAAAUCCGAAUCUUCUUCAAGGAGCUAUGGUUGCAGGCCCGGACAAGAAUGACAAUUUCUUCGAUAAGAGAGCAGACAAGAGAUUCACAGAGCCAAGCAUUUCAGCAAACGCUGGACUAGUUGCAGCCCUUGUCGCACUUCUUGAUACUCCUAGCCACUUUUGGAAUGCUAAUGGUGUAAAUUUAGGUAUAGACAGGACAACUAUGUUAGAGAACAUAAACACUAAUCCUACUUAA